AAAUAAAAGUCUCACAAAGAAAAAGUCUUCAUUCACCAAGCACAAAAACAAACCACUAUCUCAAUCUCUCAUCAUCAUAUCAUAACCAAAAACCAUACAAAGACUAAAACAAAACUUCACAAUUGGAAAUCCAAAAUAUCUAAAGAAAAAAAUGUUGAGUAAUCUUCAACUACACUCCACUCAAAGAAUUACCAUAUUAGCUUUGAGACUCUCAUUUCUUCUAAUUUUCAGUUCUUUAUUUCCUACUUCUCAUAGCUACCCUUCAAGAACUCACAUCACAAUCUAUGCAAGUUGCUCACAAGAAAAAUACCAACCAAACACACCCUUUAAAUCCAACCUCAACAGCUUUCUAUCCUCAGUUGCAACUUCAUCAUCAGAAGUUACUUACGAUUCUUUCGCAAUCGGAAAUGAUACCUCAACAGGAGGAGGAGUCGUAUAUGUUUUAUACCAAUGUAGAGGUGAUUUGCAUCCACUUGAUUGCUCAAAGUGUGUUGGAAGAUGUGUUAAUCAAAUAGGCUUAGUGUGUCCUUAUUCACUUGGUGCUUCUUUGCAAUUUGAAGGUUGUUAUGUAAGAUAUGAACAUAGUGGUGAUUUACUUGGGAAGUUGGAUACAGGUGUUAGGUAUAAGAAAUGUAGUAAAGGUGUUAGUAGUGAUGUUGAGUUUUUUCGGCGUAGAGACGAUGUUCUUGAAGAUUUGCAAACGGCGAAUGGAUUUAGGGUUAGUAGUUCGGGAUUAGUUCAAGGGUUUGCGCAAUGUUUGGGGGACUUGAGUGUUUCAGAUUGUUCAACUUGCUUGGUUGAUGCAGUUGGAAAGAUGAAGAGCUUGUGUGGAUCAGCAGCUGCUGUUGAUGUGUUCUUGGGACAAUGUUAUGCUCGGUAUUGGGCUUCUGGUUACUAUGAUGAACGAGAUUCCCAUAAUGAUGAUCAAGUUGGCAAAUCAGUUGCAAUCAUUGUGGGGGUGUUUGGGGGUCUAGCAGUUCUAGUUGUUCUUCUCUCAAUUUGCAAAAAAGCAGCAGGCUAAGAAGAUAUGGGGGCUAUAUGAAAGGGCAAUCAUCAAGAAAGAUCCACAAAUGUUUGUUAAAUUUUUAGUGAAACACUACUUUCACUUUUUGAUCAAUUUAUUGUAUUUUUUUUUUGACAAAAGAAAGUGAGAGCUAUCCUUUAGAUUAAAAAAGUAGAAUAUAAUAUCAAUCCACUUAGAAAGGGCUGCACAUUGUCUUGCCUUUUUGAUGUCCAACAAAAACCCAUAAUUCAUUUUAUCAUUUUUAA